AUGGCCUCUAGAUCUGAGGGCGUCUGGAGCUCCCUGUGGGGGAGGACACCGGGAGCCGAGGUGGGGGAGAAGGACGCCGGGGUCGGGGAAGGAGACGUCGGUGUGGGGGAAGGAGCCGCCGUGGUGGGGGAGGACGCCGGUGUUGAGGAGGGAGCCGGGGUGGGGGAGGAGGACGCCGGCGUCGGGGAAGGAGACGUCGGUGUGGGGGAAGGAGCCGCCGUGGUGGGGGAGGAGGACACCGGAGUGGGAGAGGACGCCGCCGGCGGCGGCCAGGGAGGGAGCGAGAGGGCGAGGACGGGGCCCACGCCGGCAGCGUCAGCGGCAUCUGAGGCCGUGACGACGGCGGUCCUCGGCAACGACGACCUUCUCCGCGAGAUCCUGCUCCGCCUCGGCUUCCCAACCACCCUCGUCUGCGCCGCCCUCGUCUCCAAGCGCUGGCUCCGGCACGCCUCCGACCCGGCCUUCCUGCGCCUCUUCCGCGCGCGCCAUCAGCCCGCACUUCUCGGUUUCUACGUCAACGGCUACUCGCGGACGGAGGAGCCCACGCCCCCUCAGUUCGUUGCCAUCACGCAGGCCCCGGAGCUCGCCACCGCCGUCAGGCGCGCCAGUUUCCCCGACGACGAUGUCUGGGAAUGUGUCGUCGACUGCCGAAACGGCCGCGGCAUCGUCAUGUCCCCCUCCGCCCUCUGGCCCUCCAGUCCAUUUGCGGCGAUCGACCUGCUUCAUCAGACGCGGGGCGCGGCCCGCUUCCCACCACCGCUCCCGUAUCCUUAUCAAGAAGAAGACGGCAUCUUCCCCCCGGUCCCAGAGGACGGAGGUGUCCCACCACCGCUCCCGUAUCCUGAAGGUGAAGAUGAUGGCAACAUUCUCCCAGCCCCACUAGACGGACGCGACGGACGCGACGGCAUGGUCGCCGUGAAAGUGAUUUACGGCUAUACAAGAACAAUGGUUUACGCGGAGGUGUAUACCUACCAACCCUGCUACUGCGAGGAAGAGUGGACCGUCCGUACUGUGCCAGAAAUACAGCUGCCGGAGCCAUCGUCUGCAAUUCCCAAUCCUGAUCCAUCGAAUCUCGUCAUGGACACGCUGCCGCCAGUAAAUGGGAAGAUCUACAUGGCAACUAACAAUGGGUACAUUCUUGUGUUAGAUUUGGCCUCCACAAGCAUUUGUGCCAUCAAGAUCCCGAACAGAGUAAGGACGACCAACUUCAAGCUCUUAUGUCGAGAGGAGGAUGCAAGGCUAUUUGUCAUCCACGCAGAUGGGUUUCAGCUUAGUAUCUGGCACCACAAGGCUGAUGGCAAUGGCGCAAACACCUGGGUGCUUGUGCAUGACAGAAUCAUUGUGCAUGAGGCGUGCAAUCGUCAUGACGAUGUGUUUGUGAUGGCUGCUGAUAAUAAUCUUGAGUAUAUGUUCUUGUGGCUGGAGGCAAGUAGGCUUCUCAUGCAUAUUCAUCUGAAGAGCAGGAGUGAGAAAGUGUAUGAUGAAUUGAACGUGUAUGAUGAGUCGACGCUGGAUAGAAGCUACUUACAUAUCAAGCCCUUUGUCAUGGUUUGGCCUCCAGUAUUCCCAGCAUUGAGGGGAGAAGACAAUCUCGAGGUAUGA